AUGGGCUACACAUCGACCCUCAUCCUCUUGACGCAGACGCCGGCGGGCGCCUCAGCAGUCCACAGUACCGGGAAGCUCUUCCGCCGCGGUCACCAGCGCUUCUACGAGACGCAGGACCGGCUCCUCGACUGGAUGUGGUACGGUAGCGCCUCCGAGCAGGCCGUCGAGGGCAUCGAGAGGGUCAACAAAAUCCACGCCGGUGUGUGGAAGAACGCGCCGGGGACGUUUAGUCACCCCUGGGAAGGCCAGAUGUCGCUCAUCGGGUCGGCGUACUUUGAGACGUACCUGAGGGACCUUGUCGGGGCGAGGGUCAGGGACAUACACCCCAAGCUGGCGGCUGCGUGGCCGGCGUGGGCCGAGAGAGCGUAUUUCCAAUGGUUCGGCCGACAGCUGUUCCUCACCAUCGUGCCACCCAAGGUCCGAGAACAACAGCGCACCGGGCACCCUAACCCUUUGGUGGCCAGGCUUGUCAAACUGUUCCUCAAGAUACAACUCGACCUGGCUGACAUCAUGCCGGAUCCCGCGAGGCCCAUCUUGAGAGACGAGUACCAUACGAUCAAGAGUUGGGAAUGGUACAAGAUUGAUGCUCAAGUGGUUGAGAAGCGGAGAAAGCAAGGGUCGCUGGUCAGGAACCUACUCUUGGGGGUGCUACUGAUACUUAUUGCGACUAUCCUUAUGAGGGGCUGGGCAAUGGGCGGUAAGCCGGAAACGGCAAUCCACGGGCUCAAGGUUCUGCCUCAAUCGAACACUUAG